ACGCACACAGAGGAAUCUCCGCCAGCUGCGCAGACGCAGCUUCCUCCUCUCACCGUCACAUCAGGGUUUUCCGUCGCGCUGCUCGGAUUGAAGUCGAUUUAUUUAUUUCAUUAUUCGUUAUAUAACACACACACACACACACACACGCUCUCGGUGUCGCACACACGGAUCGUCCUCCACCAACCGGCGCAUCUAAUGCAACUUGAAGCGACAGCGCUGACCUGGAUAACCACCGAGCCUGCGUCCCACACUGAGCCCGUCUUCUCCAGGACUCACAGACACACCAGCGGACAGUCAGCACCCAUCAGCAGCCGGUGGCCUUAAGGAGCAGCAUCAGCAUCCGACAUCCCCUCCAUCCUCCCCCCCGUCCUCCUCCUCCUUCGACACAGCCGACAUGGCGGACCCCGGUGUCACAUCUCCCUCUGGGACUCCGCUGCGCUCCCCCAGCGCCUCCCUCACGCUGUCCUUCCCCUUCCUGAGGGAGAGGAGCCGGGUGUGGGAGCAGGGGAAGGAGCCACCUUUGCCUCGGGACCUGCCCAGCCCGCUGCCAACCAAACGGAAUCGCACCUAUUCAGCCACAGUACGUGCCACCUCAGGUCCAGCCUUUAAGGGCGUGUGUAAGAACUUCUGCAGGUCACAAGGUCACGGCUUCAUCCGGCCCUCCCACGGCGGCGAAGACAUCUUUGUUCACAUCUCAGAUAUUGACGGGGAGUACGUCCCGGUCGAGGGCGACGAGGUCACGUACAAAGUGAGCCGGGUCCCGCCCAAAAACCUGAAGGUGCAGGCGGUGGAUGUGAAGAUCACACAUCUCAACCCAGGGACGAAACACGAGACCUGGUCCGGGCAGAUCAUCAGCUCGUAGAACCGGAGUGUCAGGCCUGGUGGGCA